GCCAGCGAGCGCGGCGGCGGGAGCGGCGCUGGGGACCCGGCGGGAGCGGAGCGGGAGCUGCGGCCGCGUCCUGGAUACGUACAACGCACGUGCUGACACCGGCUCCGCUCCGCCUGCUGCUCUUGGGCUUUUGACUGCUUGAUUUUUUAAUUUUUCUUUUUUUUUUUACUAUUUUUGGCCGAAGGGAAUCGAUACCUCCGAGCGCGGACCCGGCGCCAGUUCCCCGCGCCGGGCGGCGGCACCUCCGCACCAUCCUCCUCCCUCUCCCCCCCCGCGCUCCCCGUCGUAUGGUGGAGCCGGAGCGCUGCCCCGGGCUCUCCCCGUCCCGCUCCCCCGCCGCUCCCCGCCUGGCCCCGCGUUGGCAGCCGAUGUAGGGCACGGCGCGGCGCGCCCGAGCCCCAGCGCCGCCACGGGAGCGGCCCCGCACGGCCGCGGGCGUCGGCUCAGCCCCCGCGGCGCCGUCUAUGCCCGCACCGCGCUCCCGCCCCGCCGCCUUCCCCCAUGCUGCGGCCCCGAUUCGCUGGGCAGGGCCGCGGGGAAACAAACCGCCGCGCCGGGCGCUCCGGGCAGCCUGCGAGGGCGGCGGGUCUGAGAUGAGAUAAAGCCGGCGGCGGAGCGAGGAGCCCCCGCGGAGGAGGGGCGGGGGGGAGGUGGCGGCGGAGAGCGACGCGACCCCCGGCCGCCCGCGUGUCGUAUGUUCAGGUCCAAACGCUCAGGGCUGGUGCGGCGACUUUGGAGGAGCCGCGUCAUUCCGGACAGAGACGGCGGAGAUGGGAGCACCAGGAGCGGUCACGACCUCGGAGCCACCGGCAGUUGCAAAACCCCGGAGAAAAACCCCUCGGCGGAGAUCCGCGCGGUAGCGCGCAGUUUGCUCCGGGAGGCGGAGGAGCGACGCGGCGGGGCGGCGGCGCCCCGCGGGGACCCCAUGGCGGAGCGGCGCGGGGCCCGGCUCCGCACCCCGCCGCGGAGGGAGGGCGCCGAGGGGACGAGCCCGCGGCGGGCGGAGGAGAGAGACAGCCGCACGGUGACCUGCUGCCUCUUCAAGGAGCGGGAGCCUGGCGGCCCCCAGCCCCACGCUGCCGGCGGGGUCGCCCCCCCCAGCCCCGACGAGGUGACCGACGGCGGCUCCCCGGAGCGGCGGGGCCGGGAGGCGCGGUCGCGGCUGCUGCUGCUGGAGCAGGAGCUGAAGGCCGUCACCUACUCGCUGCUGAAGCGGCUGAAGGAGCGCUCGCUGGACAGUCUGCUGGAGGCGGUGGAGUCCCGCGGGGGCAUGCCCGGCGGCUGCGUGCUGGUGGCCCGCACCGAGCUGCGCCUGGGGGGCCAGGCGGCUCCCCCCCACCUGCUUCUGGGCAAACUCUUCCGCUGGCCCGACCUGCAGCACCCCGCCGAGCUGAAGCCCCUCUGCGAGUGCCAGAGUUUCGGCGUCGCCGACGGACCCACCGUCUGCUGCAACCCCUACCACUUCAGCCGCCUCUGUGGGCCAGAGUCUCCACCACCUCCCUACUCUCGGCUGUCUCCUAAUGAUGAGCAAAAGCCACUGGAUCUAUCAGAUUCCACGUUGUCUUACACUGAAACAGAGGCUACAAAUUCGCCCAACAUCACGCCUGGAGACUUCUCAGGUUGGCAGAUGUUUGCACCUUCCUGCACGUGCGAUGCCAGUAUGUCACCCGAUGCCAUGAAGAGGAGCCAUUGGUGCAAUGUGGCCUACUGGGAGCACCGGACGCGCGUCGGCCGCCUCUACACAGUGUACGAACAGUCUGUCAGUAUAUUUUAUGACCUACCUCAAGGAAACGGCUUCUGCCUCGGACAGCUAAACCUGGAAAACAGGAGCGAGACUGUGAGAAGGACUCGAAGUAAAAUCGGCUAUGGGAUUUUACUCAGCAAAGAACCGGACGGUGUGUGGGCUUACAACCGCAGCGAGCAUCCCAUCUUCGUCAACUCCCCGACACUGGACAUCCCCAACUGUAGGACUUUGAUAGUGCGCAAGGUGAUGCCAGGCUAUUCCAUCAAGGUCUUUGACUACGAGAAGUCGUGCCUCUUGCAGCACACGGCCGAUCUGGAUUACACGGACGGGCCCUACGACCCCAACAGCGUGCGGAUUAGCUUUGCCAAGGGCUGGGGGCCGUGCUAUUCGAGACAGUUUAUCACGUCGUGUCCUUGUUGGCUGGAGAUUUUACUCAGUAACAAUCGAUAACAGUCAGCCUCUGACGAAAGGAAAAAAGAAAAAAAAGACACAGACUAUCCCAAAUAUCAUCUACCUAGAUUUAAUAUAAAGUUUUAUAUAUUAUAUGAAAAUAUAUAUUAUACUUGUAAUUAUGGAGUCAUUUUUACAAUGUAAUUAUUUAUGUAUGGUGCAAUGUGUAUAUGGACAAAAACCAGAAAAUGCACUUUGGCUUAUAUAAUUCUUUCAAUACAGAUUUUUUUAAAAAAGAAAAAUUAUACAGCAAAAAUAGGAGAAAGCCCUAAUUUUGAUGUAUGGUUUUUUGAAAUAUUAUUAAUACCCAGACAAAAAGCUAAUACCAGUCACUCAUUGAUAAUAAAGUAUUCGCAUUAUG